CACCAAUUGACAACUCACAAUGGCAUUACCACUACAGCCCGGUCUAACACCAGCAGAGGUGGCAUUCCUCUGUGAGAUGGAAAUGAUCACAGUGGUACCUCGCCAGCGACUCGAAAGCCUCAAUCUUCUCGCAGGCCCAACCCCCGCCCUCCGCCCACCCCACCGAGCCUCCAUCCCCCUCUGGCUCGCCCUUCUCCUCAAACGCCAACGCCGAGCCAACAUCCUCCCCCCACCAUGGCUCCUCCCCUCCUCACUCGACCGCAUCCUCUCCUACGAAACCGAGACAUCCCCUCAAACAUUCUCCCCCCCUCCACCCCACCCCUACCCCCUCUCCACCCGCCCCCUCCCAACAGACACCACCUCACCCCCUUUCCUCCCCUCCUCCACCGCCGACUCACCCCCCGACUACCUCCCCUACCACUGGCUCGAACUUGGCGAGAUCCUCCUCGAAGCAUGCUCGGACGAUAUCCCUGAGCCGGGACGUGUACGUACACUGUUACGAGACCUGCGGGAAGUCAGGAUGGCGAAGAUGAGGGCUAGUAUUAAGGUGCUAGAGGGUGGUGGUGUGAGUUCUCUGAGGGGUGUGGGUGCUAUGGAGGUUGCGGAGGGAAGGGGAUUCAUUGUUGGUGUUAUGGAUGGGUUGAGGAGGCUGGGGGCUAGUAGGGAGGUGGCGAGGAGGGAGAGGGAUGAGUUGGGGGGUGAUGGGGAGGGGAGUGAGGAUGAGGAGAUGGGGAUGGAGUAGGUGGUUUUAUUGUGGUGGUGUUGCAUAGCGUGGGAUAUUGUGAGAUGGAAUGGGAGUUUAUGGCGUUUGGGUGCAUGACUGGGCUGCAUGUGGGGGAAAUACCAUUUUGUUAUGACGGAAACGCUACAUCUAGAAGGCAUAGAAAUGGAAUACGCUACCUAUUUCUAAAGUCUCAGCAAAGCCCGACUCCAACCCUGCCUCACAGCACUCGAAUUACCCCCUCUCUCAAUCCACCUCACCAUCUCACUUAUCUCUUCCUCUUCCCCCUGCCCCUUCCUCUCCCCCUUCUCCCUCCACUCACCUCCACUCCUCGCCUCAUACAAGUAAGUAUUUGAAAAGGCGAUCUCACAGCCUUUUCCAUUCUCAAAACACAAUCGUCGAACCACCAACAACUCCCUCCUAGGCAGCGCUUGUAGUAGAUACUUCUCCAACACUGAGAAGUCUUGUUUGGUAUUUACUGUAGUGCUUUUUUUUUUGGAUGGUCUAGGUUGGAGUAGUGAGAUGGGUGUGGAGGGCUGAGGGCUGAGGGCUGAGAGGUAUAUGUUGUGGCUGUGUUUGUUGUUGUCAAUACAGAAAUUGCUAUCAUUUUCCCUCUUACUCCUCGUUCUCUUCUUUUUGGCGCUCGUCAGUCUUCGGAGAGUUUCCCUUUCGGCUUCUUUAAUUUGACGCGGUUCCUUGUAUUUUAAUACCUUAAAAGCGUUGUACAUAGAGUAUGAGAUGAG